AUGACAGAUCAACAGCUCAUGGACGAGUGCAUCACGUUCCUUCUUGCUGGCCACGGCACCACAGCUCGCCUGCUGACGUGGACGUUCUAUCUGCUGGCAAAGCAUCCCGACUGGCAGGAGCGGCUGAGAGUAGAGCUCAAGCAGGCGCUGACUCAGCAGGGGGCACGAGACACGUCAGCAGUCGCCACAGCCACCACAGCAGCCGGAGCAGCAGACAAGGCGGGGUCAGGGGCAGCAGCUGCAGGAAAACCAGGAGAGACAAACCAAGGGGCGUCUGGAAGGGAGGGAGAGGAAGGGGGACAGGAGGGAGGAGAGCGAGAGGGAGGAGAGCGAGGGGAAAGCGAGAGAGAAGGAGGAGGGGGGCGGGUGACAUGGGAGGUGGUAGCACUGCUGAAGGAUAUGGGCAUGGUGUUGCAGGAGAGCCUGCGCAUGUUCCCGCCCGUCUCCUUCAUGGGCCGCACGUGCCAGCAGGUAAGACUCGAGACGGGCUGCAGGCUCAGUGCGGUGGGUUCAGCUCGGUGGGUUCAGAUGCAAGGGGGGCUUGUAUGGGCUGGGGGGGGGGGGGGUCACAUUGGUGUUGCAGGAGAGCCUGCGCAUGUUCCCCCCCGUCCCCUUCAUGGGCCGCACGUGCCAGCAGGUAGAUAG